GUCAGGGGCCAGUGAACGAGAACGAAAACAAUCAUCUUCAACAGGAAGAUGCGUCGCUAGGAAGAACUGAACCAGCUGCUUUCCAGGGUGGUGACCAGGGGCAGACCUUGGGGCAUCAUAAUGGACCAGCCAAAGAGACAAAGGAAAAGCAGAAGAAAAAAGUCGGAAAUAAGACCAGUGACCUCCCCAAGGGGAUCCUGAAGGGCAGGAGUCCAAACACGUGCCCUCCGAGCGGAAAGAAACCCAGACCCAAAUCUCCUUGCAUCCGCUUUGCAGAGAGCCCCUUCACGUGCUCCUAUUGCGGGAAAAGCUUCUGCCGGCAAUCCUACCUGUUCCAGCACCGCCGAAUCCACACGGGGGGAAAACCCUACCGCUGCUCGUACUGCAGCAAGAACUUUCGCGAACACUCGCGCUUGACUAAACACGAGCAGCUGCACACGGGCGAGAGACCCUACAAGUGCACCGACUGCGGGAAGAACUUCACCCAGCGUGCCAAGUUCUACCAGCACCGCAGGGUCCACUUGCAGGGGAAACGUUACCGAUGCGCGAGCUGUGGGGAGAACUUUGACCAGCUCGUGCGGCUUCACGAGCACCAGCAGGUCCACGGCACAGAGAGGCCUUACCGGUGCUCCGAGUGCGGGAAAAGUUUUGACCACAAGUCCAGCUUAGUGAAGCACAAGGUGACCCACACGGGAGAGAAACCCUAUCAAUGCUUGACGUGCGGGCGGCGCUUCAGCCAGUCCUCCAAUCUUCACAAGCACUUCAAAAUCCACACCGGGGAAAAACCAUACACGUGCGCUACCUGUGGGAAGUCUUUCACCCAGCGCUCACACCUCAACUUGCACGAGAAUACUCACAAGGGAUUUAAGACCUACAAGUGCUUAGAUUGCGGCGAUAGCUUUUCUGACCGGUCUCACCUCAUGAAACAUAAAUUG